AUGAGUAGUGAAACCAAGUCCACAACCAAAACCAAAACCAAAACCAAAUUAUUAACAACUCUUAAAGCUUCACAAUUCAGGAUGAAUCAAUUAGAAUUAGGUGGUAACAUAAUCACCAAAAAUGGUGGUGAAUCAUCAUUUAGAGUAUUGUAUUAUGGUGAUGCAUCAGCUGGAUCUAUACCUUUUAUGUGGGAAUUACAUCCAGGAACACCUAAACAUGCAACCAUUGAAUCCACUCCUCCACCACUCACUCCACCACCAGCAUUAUUAUUUCAUCAUAAAAACAAUGAAAAAUAUAACAUGAAUAAUAAUUCUCCAAAUAAGCAGUCUCUUCGAACCCUUUUUCGUACUAUUAGUGCUCGAAAAUCUCAUGUGGGGGUAUCUUCAUCAGAUUCUUCAAUAUCAUAUGAUUCAUCAAAGCAGUCCACAUCGCUUCGUAGUCUUUUCCUUGCUUCUUCUAGCUCUAGAGAAGUCCAUGUGCCUUCUUCGUCGUUUUCGUUGCCUUCAAGUCCCUGGACGGAAGACAAUGGUGGUGUUGGCGGCGAUGAUGAUGAUUCGCCGACGUCUACAUUAUGCUUUGGUGGUGGUUUUAUGAAUAGGAGGAAGAAGAUGAAGAGUGUAAUUGGAAGUCAUGGUAAGACACAUAAGAAGAAAUUCAUUAGUUUUUAUUAG